UAACUGUUGCUCCUAUCAGUCGUUCUCUGUCGCUCUUGGAUUGCGUGGGCACAUCGGUCGUUCGGCUAUUUGGGUUCGGCAUUUCGGGAUUUGAUAUCGUGAUUCGGUUCGCCAUCGUACAAAACUGCGUCCGUGUGCGUUAGCCGGCCAUUGAGCACUAUCGCUGCCACAGGCAUUUGGCCCACCGUGUGUGUUUACCAGUGUGGCAUAAUCUUCGAUUAGCGCAACCCGACCGAUCGGAUAUACAUACCCCUUGAAAAUAAGAUAUAGUUAACUUGCGGUAGAGUUAACAAAGAAUCAAAACACACAUUGCGCACCCCAAGCACACACACACGUCACAUAAAAAAUAUAAACCCAAGCCCCAGCGGCUGUAAAGUGCCACCAAAAAGUACUUGGCCGUGUAUUUUAUGCAUGAAAAGCUAAAGCAAGUGCAACCAACCGCCGAAGUGACACCCAGAAAAAAUAUACACAUAUAAGGAGACCCAAAAAACAAACCCGGGAUUACCGCACACUCACACGCUCACGCUUACGCUCAGACAGAAAGAAUACGCGAAGCCAAAGGAAGUCAGCAGCAGAAUCAUGUCACGGAUCGUUUUUAUAUGUCUCGCAGCCAUCUUAACAGAUGCACUCACCUGGGCCCAGGUGAACGUGGAACCCAACACAGCGCUCCUCAACGAAGGCGAUCGCACUGAGCUGCUCUGCCGCUAUGGCAGAUCCAUCAACUACUGCCGCAUCGAGAUUCCCGGCGAGCAGAAGGUCCUCAACCUGUCGCCGGAGUGGAGCAAGACCCCCGGAUUCACGUACUUCGGAGCGGGUCUUACGGCCGGACAGUGCGGUGUCAGCAUCGAGAGGGUCAAGGCCAGCAACAAUGGCCAGGUCAAGUGCAGUCUGGGCGUCGAGGGAGAGGAGCUGUCGGGCAUCAUAGACCUGGUCGUGGCAUUGCGUCCGCAGCAGCCCAUCAUCGAGCUGCUGUCGCGGCCAAAUCGCGAGGGCUACUUCAACGAGGGAACUGAAUUCAGGGCCCGGUGCAGCGUUCGCGAUGGUCGUCCGCCGGCGAACAUCUCGUGGUACAUCGACAACAUGCCGGCCAACAAGCGCACCACUCUCCUGAACGUCAUUUCCUCGACCACCGACAACGUGGAGCUAUCGACCUCCGUGCAGGAAAUCCAGUGGCACCUGUCGCCCGAGGACAGCAACCGGAAACUGGUCUGCCGCUCCCACCACCAAACCGAUCGCGAGAGUGUGCCGCCCCAGGAAGCUGCCUACAUCAUCAACGUGCGCUAUGCUCCCGUCCACCAGCCAGAUGCCGCCGUAUACGGACUCUACCUCGAGCACACUGCCAUUGUGAACAUAACCAUCCGUGCCAGUCCGCAGCCCAAGAUCGAGUGGACCAUCGAUGGAGCAAUUGUGGGGCAGGGACGCACCGAUGGCCGCUACUCGGCAUAUGAGCCGCAGUAUCUGGGCAACGAUGAGUACAACGUGACACUGGCCAUUGCCGGUCUGACCCUGGAAGAUACCACCAAAAUCUACAAUCUGAGGGCCAGCAACGAACUGGGACUGACGGACUACCAGGUGCGCAUCAGUUCGUCAAGCAAACCGCCCAGUAGCAGCCUCGAUGUGGCCGCAAUCGUUGGCAUUGUGGUCGCCGUUGCCGUUUUGGUCCUGGUCGUUUUACUGAUUGUGUUUGCACGGGCUACUGGCCGAUGGUGUUUUGGCGGCAAAUCAAUUAAGACGCCCACAAAUGAAACUCUGAUCGAUAAGCAACUGGAGUUGGGAACCGAACAGAACCAUGGUCAAAACGUAGCGCUCUUGGAAACCCCCAACGGCAUAACCUUGUUGGGAGCUAGUAAGCUGCGAGAGGUCAAUGGAAAUGGCCAGCAGGAUCGGUUGUCGGUUGAAAGACGCCAUCACGAUGAAGAUGACAGCUUUGAAUACGGAACGGAUCGGGAGAGCAGUGUCUAUAACCCCACCACGCGACCUCUGAAGAGCAUUCUGAUGAGCCAGGCGGCAGGACGUAACUCCCGGAGCUCUGCCAGCGAUAAGGAGGAAGGCAACGAGAACGCCGAUCUACUGCAGAAGGGAAACCAACUGGGGAUUCCCGAAUCGCGCUUCUCGCGAUGGCUGCCCAAGGAUCAACGUGAGCUGAUCGAGAAGCAGGCGAUGUUGCUUUCGGGAAGGGGCAAGUCGCCCGCGCCGGCCACUCCCCCCAAGCCCCAGAGACCCCAAGUCGGAGGCAUGAAUGGCACACAUACCACUAACACUAACACUACCACAACGACGACGACACCGACGACGCCAAAGUUGCCACAGGAAACGGAAAUCUGAGUGUGCGCACGUGUGUGUGUGCGCGCACAAGGCGUUCGUAUUUAUUUAUUUCUUUUUCGGUACAGGAAACGUCCGGCAGGAUUAAGAAUGGAGCAGUUUUGUGACCAUCGUGAACUUUUAGGGGGCAGCCAUAUGUGUCAGGAGUUAAAGCUGAUGUGUCAGAGCCAAUUCAACCGAUAAAAGUUUAGUUAAGCAGGCAUAGGCAAACCAUUUCACAACCCACUCUUCAUAUUAUCAAAUGAGACCACCAUGAUGUGAAAAGGAUUCAUAUUUUAUACUGUUUGCUAAGUAACUUUAGCAAAGUAUUUCGAUCAUUUCACAGCUAGAAUAUGAAUAUGAAAACCUUUUCCUAUAUAACUGGACUUAACAAAUAAGUACUAGGCUGAUAUAUUUACUAACUAAAUUUAUUCGGAAAGAAUUUGGAUGAUUAGUUAAUUCCCAGAUGAAAACCCAUUAAAAAGUUCCGCCGCAAGACUGUCCCCAUAUUAGAUUCUAAGCUUGGUUUUAACUCACGAAAGUCUAUUUUUCUGAACAACAAAAUCGAACGAAACAUUAAGCCUACAAUAAAUUAACGAAACUGAUUUAUUUUAUAGAGAUUAAGCCGGCAUGAAAUUAAGUUUUUAUCGAAUACAUUGAACCGAAAGAGUUUGCAUGGCAAGCAUGAAACAAAAAAUAUUGUUUUACGCAAAUAUUUAUUGUAGUCAUUGUAGAACAAAGUCGUCAAAUGAGUGUUCAAUUAAGACUCGCACAAUUUACUCUUAGAACGAAAAGAAGCUUCCACUUAUUUUCGAACGAUUUAGUUGGUUACAAGUGCCUAAAACUAAAAAUAAAUUUAGUAAUUAAAAAAGCGAACGAUAUAAAAUAGUUUAAAACUUUUGUACGUGUUGUUUUUCUUAUUAUUU